GGCCGGACCUUUCGGGCGUCCCGGCUAAGUUUCCGUGAGCGCUUUUAGGAAAGCACCAACCGGAAGUGUCCGUGUUUUGGCGGAAGGAGGCGAUUGCCGGGAGCAGCUGGUACAGAGAGGAGCUUGGCUAGCAAAGAUGAUUCAGGCGAUUUUGGUUUUCAACAACCACGGGAAGCCGCGGCUGGUCCGCUUCUACCAGCGUUUCCCAGAAGAAAUCCAACAGCAGAUCGUCCGAGAGACUUUCCAUCUAGUACUUAAGCGAGAUGACAACAUUUGUAAUUUCUUAGAGGGAGGAAGUUUGAUUGGUGGCUCAGACUACAAACUGAUUUACCGGCACUAUGCUACCCUAUACUUUGUAUUUUGUGUGGAUUCAUCAGAGAGUGAACUUGGGAUCUUGGACCUCAUCCAGGUUUUUGUAGAGACUCUGGAUAAGUGUUUUGAAAAUGUUUGUGAAUUGGAUUUGAUCUUCCAUAUGGACAAGGUGCACUACAUCCUCCAGGAGGUGGUAAUGGGUGGGAUGGUGCUAGAAACCAACAUGAAUGAGAUCGUGGCCCAAAUGGAAGCUCAGAACCGGCUGGAGAAGUCAGAGGGCGGCCUUUCUGCAGCCCCUGCACGGGCUGUGUCUGCAGUGAAAAAUAUGAACCUGCCUGAGAUCCCACGGAACAUCAACAUCGGCGAUCUGAACAUCAAAGUCCCCAACCUGUCCCAGUUUGUCUGAAGGGGAGACUUGGGCUGAACUGGAGUCCUUUAGGACAAACAAAGCCAGGCAAUCCAGAAGCAGAACCCAUGGAGACCUAAGAAGAGUCACACCUUGGCCCUGAUACCUCUUGUGUGGGAGGAGCAAAGCAGGAUCCCAUGCGCCCCAUGCCCUCUGACAGUGGGGAGUCUGCGCCACGCCACCUGCACCUUAACUCUCACUCAGCCUCCCUCCCAGGACUGAGACUUGAAUCCAACUCCAACUCCUCCACAUCAGAGCUCCUGAGGGCUGAGGGGAGGAGCCAGCCUUUCUGUGGGUAUAAUGAGCCAAGAGUGGGAUUCCUGAGGCCUCCAGUCACCUGCUGGCUUUGGUGGGGCCCAGAAUCCUUUUGUAUAGCCAAGCUCCUUGGUUGCCACCCCCUGCAGAGGACAUUUCCUCCCUCUGCGCAGUCCCAGUUCUGUUCUCCCCAUUGUUUGUGUGUAGGAAGAAUCCAGAGCGUAAGCCUGGUGCACACCACCAUACAUCUCACCAUGCCGGAGAGGUCCUCCUACAGGGGUGAGAGGGACCCCAUUUCUGUAGUGUAUAAAAAUACAUUCCUGUCACAGGAGCAGAAGGCUCA